AUGAAGGUCAAGGACGUCUGGAUCGCCACGGCGGCGGCGGCGGCGGGCGGUGCUGCUGCCCAGUACACGUCGGCGCCGUUUCAGCCGUUCCCGGACUGCGUGGGCGGGCUGCUGGCGUCCAACAAGGUGUGCGACCGGAGCCUAUCGCCGAGCGAGCGCGCGGCGGCGCUGGUGGCGGCGCUGAACGUGACGGAGAAGAUGGCGAACCUGGUGAGCAACGCCAACGGCUCCGCACGCAUCGGCCUGCCCAAGUACAACUGGUGGAGCGAGGCGCUGCAUGGUGUGGCCUACGCUCCCGGCACGCAGUUCCGGCGCGGGCCGGGCGACUUCAACUCGUCGACGUCGUUCCCCAUGCCGCUCCUGCUGGCCGCGUCCUUUGACGACUCCCUGAUCGAGAAGAUCGGGGACGUGAUCGGGACCGAGUCGCGCGCCUUCGGCAACGGGCGCUGGUCCGGGCUCGACUACUGGACCCCCAACGUGAACCCCUUCAAGGACCCGCGCUGGGGCCGCGGCUCCGAGACGCCCGGCGAGGACAUACUGCGCAUCAAGCGCUACGCCGCCUCCAUGAUCAAGGGGCUGGAGGGCCCGCACCCGGAAAAGGAGCGCCGCGUGGUCUCGACGUGCAAGCACUACGCCGCCAACGACUUUGAGGACUGGAACGGCACGUCGCGCCACGACUUUGACGCGCGCAUCUCGGCCCAGGACCUGGCCGAGUACUACCUCAUGCCGUUCCAGCAGUGCGCGCGCGACUCGAGGGUCGGGUCCAUCAUGUGCGCCUACAACGCCGUCAACGGCGUGCCCAGCUGCGCAAACUCGUACCUGCUCGACACGGUCCUGCGCAAGCACUGGGGCUGGACGGGACACAACAACUACGUCACGUCCGACUGCGAGGCCGUGCUCGACGUGUCGGCGGGCCACAAGUACGCCCGCACAAACGCCGAGGGGACGGCCAUGUGCUUCGAGGCCGGCACCGACACGAGCUGCGAGUACACGCCGUCGUCGGACAUCCGGGGCGCCUACGCCCAGGGCCUGCUGCGCGAGGAGACCAUGGACCGCGCGCUGCUGCGCCUGUACGAGGGCCUCGUGCGCGUCGGCUACUUUGACGGCAACUCGUCCGCCUUCUCCGACAUCAGCUGGGCCGACGUCAACGCCCCGGCCGCGCAGGACCUGUCGCUGCAGUCGGCCGUCGAGGGCAUCGUCAUGCUCAAGAACGACGGCACACUACCCCUACCCCUCGGCGCCAAGUGCAGCAGCAAGAGCAAGAAGAGGUCGUCGUCGGGGGGGCCAAAGCUGGCCAUGAUCGGCUUCUGGGCCGACGCGCCCGAGAAGCUCCGCGGCGGCUACAGCGGCACCGCCGCCUACCUGCGCACGCCGGCCUACGCCGCCCGCCAGAUGGGGCUCGACGUCGUCACGGCCGGCGGGCCGGUCCUGCAGGGCGCCGCCGCCGCCGCCGCCGACAACUGGACGGCGCCCGCGCUGGCCGCCGCCGAGGGCGCCGACUACAUCGUCUACUUUGGCGGGCUGGACGAGACCGCCGCGGGCGAGAACAAGGACCGGUGGGACGUCGAGUGGCCCGGGGCGCAGCUGGCGCUCGUCAAGAGGCUCGCGGCGCUCGGCAAGCCGCUGGUCGUGGUGCAGAUGGGCGACCAGCUCGACGGCACGCCGCUGCUGGCCAACGCCGGCGUCGGCGCCGUCCUGUGGGCCAGCUGGCCGGGGCAGGACGGCGGGCCGGCCGUCAUGCGGCUGCUCUCGGGCGCCGCGUCCCCCGCCGGCCGCCUGCCCGUGACGCAGUACCCGGCAAACUACACGCGCCUCGUGCCCAUGACCGAAAUGGCCCUGCGCCCGUCCGCCUCGGGAAGCCGCCCCGGCCGCACCUACCGCUGGUACUCGACCCCCGUCCUGCCCUUUGGCUUCGGCCUGCACUACACAAACUUCACGCCCGCCGUCACCGUCCCUCCCGCCCUUGCAGCAGCGUCCGGCGUCACGACGUCUUCGCUGCUCGAGGCCUGCAGGGACCCGCACCCGGAACGCUGCGCGCUGCCGCCGCUGCGCGUGGCCGUCGCCAACACGGGUAGGCGGGCGAGCGACUACGUGGCGCUGGCCUUUGUGUCGGGCGACUACGGCCCGCGCCCGCGGCCCAUCAAGACGCUGGCCGCCUACGCCCGCCUCAGGGGGGUCCGCGCUGGCGGCAGCGCCGAGGCGGACCUGGCCUGGACCCUCGGCGACAUCGCCCGCCACGACGAGGACGGCAACACGGUCCUGUACCCGGGCACCUACAAGGUCCAGAUCGACGAGCCCGUGCUCGCCACGGCAGAGUUCACCAUCGCCGGUGAGCCCGUCGUGCUGGACAAGUGGCCUGCCCUGCCGACGCCGCCGAGCUAGGGGACCGUUGAAACCUGUGUGAUUUUAUAGCACUGCACAGGUUGUGGCCCUUGUUAGAAACGUCUGGGCAGAUGGUUACAAAAAGGGGUAAAUAGACGCAGUAUAAAAACGAACACGAUGGCGAAUAAAUCAUCACUUGGACCCCGCUUUAUUCAACUUUUUAUUUCGUUU